GGGAAAGGGGGAACGCCACACGGACUCUGGCGAGGGAACACGUGUGCAUGCAACAUGCACAGAUUCUGGCCCCGCCUACGAGAUCCGCCGGGUGGUACCUCCGCGUUUGACAGUCAGAGACCGUCUACCACCUACGGACAAUCACAACAUCCAUAGCCAAGAGAAAAAUUUCUGCUGGGACGGGAUUCGAACCGGCACAGCAGCGAAGAGUCUACUACUGCGGCCACCGCUGCUGCCUA